ACAAUCUCCGAGCGGAGGAAAGGGGGAGAGAGAGAGAGAGAGAGAGAGAGAGAGAGAGAGAGAGAGGUUCAGAGUCACUGAUUAUUGCUGGAUCUCCGCAUUGAACGAAAAUCACGGCCAGUACAAUGGCCGAAGAAAACAUCUUUCUGUUUGUCCCUAAUUUGAUCGGCUAUGCCCGAAUCGUAUUGGGUUUGUUAUCCUUCUAUCUGAUGCAGUGCUGUCCUGCUCCUGCGGUGUUCUGCUAUCUCCUAAGUGCACUGUUAGAUGCCUUUGAUGGACACGCAGCUCGAGCCCUUAAUCAAGGCACUAAGUUUGGUGCCAUGCUGGACAUGUUAACAGACCGCUGUGCCACUAUGUGCUUGUUGGUGAACCUGUCACUUCUGUACCCGUCCUACACCUUCCUCUUCCAGUUAAGCAUGUGCUUGGAUAUAUCCAGCCACUGGCUUCACCUGCACAGUUCUGUGAUUAAGGGAGCCACCAGUCACAAGACCAUUGACCUGUCUGGCAACCCCAUUCUCAGGAUCUAUUAUACCUCCAGGCCAGUGCUGUUUUUCAUGUGCAUGGGGAACGAGCUUUUUUACUGUCUUCUUUACGUGAUUUACUACAUUGAAGAGCCACAAGUGUGGCUGCAGUGGCUGCUGGGAGUGUGUGCUGUGGUCUCCCUGUUGAAGUCCGGCAUCAGCGUCCUCCACCUCAUCACCGCCUCCCGGAACAUGGCUGCCAUCGACCUGGCUGACCGAGAAAGCGAGAGGAGUAAGAGCAAAUGAGAGAGAGGGAGAGAAAUGAGGAGAAAAAUCAAGGGGUGUGGCUUUAUGUGGGAGAGGGAGGGAGUGAGUGAGUGACAGACAAAAUAAAUAAAAUGAGGGAAAAUGUAGAGCUGGAAAUGUCAUAGAGGACAAGGGCCAGUGUUUAUACAAAUGAAUUGCGGGCACUGAUUUAUUUAUUUAUUCGUAGACUACUAGGGAAAAUGUUAUUAAUGUAGCAGAAUGCUGCUGUUUUGAUCUGAAUAAUACAUAUGAAAUAUUGUUUGCGUUUUUCCUUUACCUCAUCCCCACAGAUAAGGUGUGUAUGCGUGUGUGCAGACAUCACUUGUUUAAAUUGUAGGAAAGUACAUCACUUAUCCCAUAAACACCCCCCUCACACCUGCUUCCCACGCACAACCAUACUCCCCUGAUCACUCAGACAGUAGAACGACAUGUGCAUCUUCAUUUCAGUCAAACUGAAAGGUGCUUUAUGUUUUGUUUAUUUUAUUAAAUAUGAUGUUUUAUUACUAUUAUUAUUGCUGUGUCUAUAUGUGUACCAUUCCUUAUAUAUCCCAGUGUGAAUCGCUGAUAUGUGAGUACCAUCAUACACAAAUUAGUGUAUUUAUGACCUCUUAACCCAAAAGGAGAAAUAUUCCUCAGUGUCAUCUAUAUCCUAAUGAAUGUAUUAGUGGGUCAUGGUAAAGAGUAUUCUUGUACAUGGAUGUACUCUUUGUACUGUACUAGAUUGUAUGGCAAUAAAUAUAUCUUUUCACA